GUUCCACCUAAUAUUAGGCAAGAACUUUUACAAAAAUUUCCUAUAUCAAGUCAAACAAAAAAAACUAAAGCAGUAUUAGAUAUUAUUACUGGCGUACAACCACAAAUUAAUAGUAAAUUUCAAAUUAUGAAUACAAUGGAUCCUGGACAAGAAGAAUUAUGUCAUAAAGCAUUAACUCGAUUUUUUGUAUGCUGUGGAAUUCCUUUUUGGACUGUCGAACAUCCAUUUUUUUUGGAUUUUUGUAAAAAUUUGAGUAUAUCAUACAAACCACCCAAUAGAAAAGCUUUAAGCAAUACUUGGCUCAAUUAUGAAACAAUAAGAAUUACAGUCGCUAUGCAAAAAGAUCUUCAAAAUGAAAAAAAUCUUACAUUAGACGGAUGGACAAGCAAUCGUGGUUACUCUUAUUUUGCUUUUAUUAUUAUAACUGCUAACAGAAAACAAUAUGUACAUUCGAUUAAGGAUUUUUCUAGUGAAUCACAUACUGCAAUUUUUACUGCUAAUGAAAUUGAAAAGGUUUUAACAGAUAUUGGUGUAGAUAAAUUUGGAGCUAUAGUAUCAGAUGCUGCUUCAGCUAUGACACUUGCCAAACAAUAUAUUUCCAAUAAAUAUCCAGCAAUUUUACCUGUUAGAUGUAUUGCACAUCAUAUUCAGUUGAUUUGCAAUGAUAUUAUUUGUAAAACUUCAUUUGGAAAAAAAGUAUUACAACAAUGUCAAUCGUUUAUAACAUAUUUUUAUACAUCUCAUCGUUCUGGAGCAAUUUUACGUAAUGAAAUAACUCGUUUGAUGAUAAAUAAAGGUGGAUUAAAAAGUUCUGUUUGUUCACGCUGGUCAUCUGCAUAUGAUUGCGUACAAUCAGUUCUUAAUACAGAAAUUUGUAUUAAACAGAUUUUAGAAGAUGAUAGUACGGCUUUAACACCAGAAUUAAGAGAUCUUACACGAAAUCGGCAAUUUUGGGCCAAUGCAGAAGUUUUAGCAAAAAUAUUGUUACCUGCUAAAAAUGCAGUUAAGAUAGUUGAAUCAAAGUCUACAACAACUGCUAAUGUUUUUUUAUUUCUUGUUCAAAUGGCAUCUACUAUUAAUAUUCUUAAACAAAAUAAUUCAUUAGAACAUGUUGAAUUUAUUAAGCAAUGCAUUCAGUUUUAUAACAAACGAUGGAAAGAGUUUGAUAUAAAAACUUAUCUUUUAGCAUACUUUCUUCACCCAAAGUAUCGAGGAAAAGGUAUAAAAGGUUCUUUGUUUCAUCAAAUGUUAUAUACUGCGCUUGAAAUAUGGAAAAAAAUUGGUAAAGGAGGAAUAGAAAUCGCAAAUAUUAGGUGGAACCUUUUUACAAGUUAUAACCAAAUGU